GUCAAGGCCAACUCAGAGCAGGUUCAAAGCAAAGCAAACACUACAGCCUUAUCUUGGGGACAUAGUGUGGGUAUAAAGAGGGAGGCCAUAGGUGACUUUAGUCCUUUCCCUUGCUCAGCAGCUUGACAACAAAAUGAAAUUCCUCAUACUGGCUACUCUGCUCACAGUGGCCGCGGCGGAUGGGGGCAUCAGCCCGCGGGCGCUGUGGCAGUUCCGCAACAUGAUCAAGUGCACGAUCCCUGGGAGUGACCCUUUGAAGGAUUACAGCGACUACGGCUGCUACUGUGGCCUGGGUGGAUCUGGCACCCCUGUGGAUGAGCUGGACAAGUGUUGCCAGAUCCACGACCACUGCUACUCAGAAGCCAAGAAACUGGACAGCUGUAAAUUCCUCCUGGACAACCCCUACACCAAAAUCUACUCGUACUCGUGCUCUGGCUCUGAGAUCACCUGCAGCGACAAAAACAAAGACUGUCAGGCCUUCAUCUGCAACUGUGACCGCAAUGCUGCCAUCUGCUUUUCAAAGGCUCCAUAUAACAAGGAGCACAAGAACCUUGACACCAAGAAGUACUGUAAAAGUUGAGUAUCCCUUCUGGAAAUCAUCAUCCCUACAUGCCUCAUUGCCUUCACCUUAGCCUGUGUCCUCUAAUAAAGCACUUUGAUGAAAGG